AUGGAAGGUGUAAACACGAAAUGGAUAGCCACGGUUGCAAGCAUAUGGAUUCAAAUCAGCGUUGGUGCAUCCUACACCUUUGGCAUCUACUCUUCCAUCCUCAAAUCUUCUCAAGGCUACGACCAAUCAACGCUUGACACCGUCUCCGUCUUCAAAGACAUCGGUGCCAACGCAGGCAUCCUCUCCGGUCUCCUUUACUCGGCUGUCACUCUGCGAAAUAACAGAAGAAGAUUAGGUGUGUUUGGUGGGCCAUGGGUGGUCCUCUUGGCCGGUGCAAUCCAGUGCUUCGUUGGGUAUUUCGUGAUGUGGGCAUCCGUUGUUGGGUUGAUUCGCCGCCUGCCGGUGCCGGUGAUGUGUUUUUUCAUGUGGAUGGCUGCUCACGCGCAGACGUUUUUCAAUACGACGAAUGUGGUGAGUGGAGUUCACAAUUUCGGCGACUAUGGUGGGACAAUCGUUGGCAUCAUGAAGAAAAAUGGUCUUCGUUCACGGGCUGACGGCGAUAAAUGUGUGGUCCGGGCUAAAGGACGGUCAAAGUUAGGGUACGUAAGGGCAGUCGACGUCCAAGAGCUGCCGGUUGAAAAAGCACUGCCUAACUGA